AUGUACUGUAACAAUAACCUUUUCUUUUGUGAUUUUUCUUAGACACAAGUGAUUAAAUAUUUGAUACCAAUAAUUACAUUACUAUACAUCUUAUAUAAGUUCUGGCCAGGAAUAAUGGAUGAACUGUUAGAGCUCAGAGAAUUCUAUGACCCAGACACCGUGGAGCUGAUGAACUGGAUUAAGUCAAAUACUCCAAACACAGCAGUGUUUGCUGGAAGCAUGCAGCUAUUAGCUGGAGUCAAACUGUGCACUGGACGGACAUUAACUAAUCAUCCCCAUUAUGAGGAUAAACAUCUGAGAGAGAGAACAAAGCAGAUUUAUCAGAUCUAUGCCAAGAGGUCUCCUGAAGAUGUUUACAGAAUAUUGCGAUCCUUCAGCACAGACUAUGUGAUCCUAGAAGACAGCAUUUGUUAUGAAAGAAGACACAGUAGAGGCUGUCGAUUGCGUGACCUACUAGAUAUAGCAAAUGGUCAUAUCAUGGAUGGUUUGGGAGAGAAUGAACCAGAUUUGAAGCCUUCGUUGUAUCCUCGCUUCUGUGAGGAAAUUAAAAAAAAUCUGCCUUCUUAUACUAUACACUUCACUAGAGUGUUUCAAAACAAAACAUUCCAUGUUUACAAACUUGCUAAGCAUAAAUAACAUUACCAACAAUGGCUUCAAGUUCAGGAUUUUAAUGCUAGGACCCACAUAAGAAAAUGCCGAAAUUUACAAACAUUUUACGUUUGUAAGACAUUUUACGCGGAUGGUUUCUUGCUAAUUACUGCAGUUCUUUUUUAUUUGUUUGGUUUUUUUUAAAAGACAGUUUUAGUUUUGAUAAUCUUUUUGAUGUUGCCAAAAUUUUCAUAGAUUCAUAAAUAAAUGCUAUCUGGGACCAUUUUGAUUAUAAAAUCUGACCUGCUGAAUACAUAGGAUGUAACUGUUUUCCAGCUGUAACCAGUUUAAAGACACACAAAACAAGCAGCAUGCAUGACCACUGCAGCCUAUGCAGAUCUGCUCAGUGCUGUGCAUUUUUACUACAAAAUGACAGAAAUUCAACGAAAGCAGGUGAUGCUAUUCUAUACUGAAUAUGUAUUAUCUACGUGAGUCUUUAAAAUGUUUUAAAAAGAAAAAACAGUUUAAUCUUACAAAUCUGAUCUAUUCUGACAGGUCUUGUAUGCUCUUUCAGUGCCUCUCUUUUGAAUUCAUUGGGAUUGUAUAUGGAUAUGAGUUUCCAAGUUUGUGAGUGUGAUUGCAAAAAUUAUUGUCCUGCAUUUUUAGCGAGACAGAAACACACUAUUUUAUAAUGUGAAGCAUUUAAUGAUGGAGUGUCGUAUUUCUGAUGAAAAUUGAGAUCGGAGCAUGCUUGAUACACAUUGCAUGUAUCACUGUAAAAUAUCCUUUUAGAAUGCUCAGGACAAACAAAGAACAAAUUUCUCAGCUUGGACUUUUGUUUUAUUUCCUCUAUUUGCUCUCUGAACUACAGAGAAUCUAUUUUCCCCCCCACAUGAAUUCCAUAAGUAGGGUACCAAAAUUGAACAGUGCCAAAUUUACAAAAAGAAAUUAACCCCUAAAAUUGACAGGAACUUUCUGGUAUUAGAGCUUUGAUUUACUUUACUCCAGAUGCAAAGCUGUCAAUUUUGUUACAAAAAUCACCGUAUCGAUGCCCUCUAGGCUAAGAGACAGACUACAGUAACUUAAAAUAUAUUUGGAAGAUGAAAUGAAGGCAGUCCUCAAUCCUGAGAUUUUGUGAUUUGUUUGUAGCCUUUGUCUUUUUACCAGACUAGAAUUUUGCAGACUGUAUUGACUUUUUCAAUGCUAUGUAGAUGAUAUGUCACUUUUACUGUGUUUUAGUGCAGCUUUGGUUUUAUAUUGAAAUUACAGAUUAAGUCUAAUUGGAAGUCUAACAGUACUCUCCAACUUUAAUUAGAUAUCCACUAGGAUCAUUUAUUUCUUACGAAAAACAGAAUUGUAAUAAUCAAGUGCCUCUAGGCCAAUGUUGAAUUAACAUUUGAACACCUAUAAGAGUGUUUGUGGCCUGUGCAAAUAACUCUGUUAUAAUAAUUACCAAUGCAAUUAAUUUCUAAUGAUGGGAAACUUAAAGUGCUACUGAUAGCAAACUCCACUUAAUUUAAUCAAGAUGUGUAAUGAGAUUAGCUUUCACAACUGAGUUGUGUUCCAAUUCCAAAUGAUUUAAAUGUUUUUCCUUUUCAGUUGUACAAAGGUAAAUUACUGCAGAGAUGGAGAUAGUUCUGUCACAUGCUCAAACAAUUUUAUAUUCAGUAAAUACUCAUUAAACAAUGUUGAACAUCUCUCUGUACUUCCAUGCUAACACAAAAGGAAAGCAUACUUUAAUCAGACUGUAUUUAAAUCAAACAUUGACAGUGGCUAGGUUGUUAAACCGAGCAACUGAAACUCCUGAAUAAUUUCUGUUCUGUAUCCCUUAAUGAGGUUGGAGACCACUGCAGAUUAACAUAAUACAAUAAUAAAACAUUUUAAUCAGUAUUAAAACUUUAAUUAGGCCUGUAAUGAUGCAUGCCUGUUCUUGCUGAAAGCAUGGGUCAGUGAAUUCCUCAGUGAGUGCCUUACAGUAAUUGAAAACAAGCACAUGUAAGGUAAAGUAUAUCCAGACUGAGCCAUCUUAUUUUAAAAAUGCGGUUGUAUCUUUCUUUAAACGAGCAGUAACUUUCUUCUGAUUGAAAUGAGAGAUUUGAAGCUCCUCUGGUACCCCAGGAUUCUCACAAUUUAUUUGUCAUUAACAGCUGAAACUAGAAGUCCAGACCAUAACAAUAAGUAUUUUUAAAUAGAUUCCUUUUCUUCAAUAGCACAGCAUCUAAUUUAGCUAAAGAAGAAAUGUAACCUUUUUGUAGAAAAUACCAAGUGGUUUUGUUUUUAAAAAAAUGUAGAAAACAGAAACCAGGCAUGAAACCCAUGUCUCUCCUAAUGCAGAGCUACCACAGUAACACAACUUCUGCUCCUAAUAUAAACAUCCCCCCCUAAACUAGUGCAAAAGAAUUAGAAGCAUUAGAUAGAUACCAAACAUUUUUGAAAAUUUUUGCAUUUAGCAGCCAUUGAGGCCAAGGUAGUCUGUGACACUUUUAAAUAACUCCAACAGUUUCUGUACCUGAAUCACGUAAGAUAAGAUGGAAGCGCACACUUAAAUAACCACAUAGUAAAGCAGUUAGAAGACCAAUCUUAAUACAGCAACAUAGAAAAUGCCAAGAAACAAAAGCACCUACCAGUUCUGAGGGCAUGCUCACCAGCACAGCCCUCAGAAGCAGCAAGCAGCUGCUCUCCUGGUCGACUUGAAAGGCUUGCCAGCAGCAAGGCAUGCUAGGGAGGCUGUUGGUCAAGGCAUUGGGCGGGGACACAGGUGGUACAAAGGGCUACAUUUUGUAUUCCUGGAGGCUGGGUAUAAGUACUGAAGACCUCCAGGAGGUAUGUUUGUCUGGCUGAUUUCUUCCACUUCUUGAGUCUUGAAAUAUUGCAUUUAAAUGUGCAAUUUUUUUGUUUUUGUUCUAUGACUAUCUGUUUCUGAACCACAUUAUCCUGAUGCACCUUAUUUCCAAGUGGCUGUUAUGGCAUCGUUGUUUCAUCGUAUUAAAUAUGAUGCACCCCCAAGAAUGCAAUGCACUCACAAAAAUCUUACAAAUAAUUGGCUAUAUGAAUGACACCAUCAUGAUUUCUUGUCUGUGUUACCUACUGCUAGGAAGGACUGCUAAGCUGUGCACUAUCAGUGGAAUGGUAAGCACUGAAUAACCUAUUUUAAAUCACAGAGACAAAGUGUUAUCAUGUAGUCAAGAUGUUUUUAGGGGAGAAAAGCCCUUAGGUCUGUAAGUAUAUUUUCAUUUUGUGUUUCAAAGUUCUGUUGGUGUGAUCUAACAUAUAGUUAUUUUAUAUGUUGUUGUAAAGGGAUGUGUGUACUAAAUAAAUUGUGUAAUUUGAAAAUCA